AAAUUAAACCAAAAUAUUGAAAAAAAUAUACAAACUCAACAAACACUGAAAAUCCGAUCGGCGGCGAAUCAUAUGAUAAACGACCAAAACCCUUAAAGUCCUAAACCCCUCCACCACCACCUCCAUCGCAUCUCCGCCGCAAUGAGCAAAACGACGGCCCUGUGCCGCUUCCUCCUCCGCCGCCGCACUCUCUUUACCAACCCGAGAUUUUGCAGCCACACAUUCCCCCCCUCCCCUCCUCCGCCAAGCUCCAUUUUCGCCACUCCUAUCACUCGAAAUUACAGCUCCAAUUUCCUCGAUUUAUCCCCAACUGCCCGCCUCGCCGCCGCGGAGCGCGCGUUCGACGAGAUCGAAGAGCAAGCGACCAGGGAGAGGGAGGCGAACAGAAAAGCAGGGGUUGCAGUCGCUGGCGAUGAAGAUGAAGAGGAUUAUUUGGGAGUUGGUCCGCUUAUUGAGAGAUUGGAGAAGCGGAAUGCGAAAGAUAAGGUGUCCGAGCUGAAUCAGCACGAGGAGGCGACUGAUUCGGAUUCUGAACCGGAAGAUGAGGAAGCGAUUAACAUGCGUUCGGAAGUGUUUGAGAAGAAGUUCAACCAGUUUGAGAAAUUCCUUGAUAAUUUUUCUAAAGCUGAAAACUUUGAUGAUGCAUUUAAAUGGAUGAAAAGAAUUGAUGAAUUUGAGGAGAAGCAUUUUGCGUUGAGGCCGGAGUAUCGGGUAAUAGGGGAGUUGAUGAAUAAGUUGAGAGUAGCUGAAGGAAAGGAUAAAUUUCUUCUUCAAGUUAAGUUGAAUAGGGCUCUGAGAUUGGCGGAGGCGAGGGACGCCUUUGAUCCAAAUGAUCCAGCCAAUUAUGGGAUCAUUGAGCGUGAAGAUGUUGGUGCGGCUGGGGAUCGUGUUGAGGAGCGUGACAUGGAGGAGGAUCAAGAAUCAAAAGAAAUCGAAGGGAAAAUUGAUGGAUUGGAGUUUGAUGAUCUGAAACAGAAGGAUAAUAAAUUUAUGGAAAAGAUCAAUGAAAUAGAUAAAAAACUUGAGGAGAAACUGGCAGAAUUGGAUUAUACUUUUGGAAAGAAGGGGAAACUAUUGGAGGAGGAAAUUAGAGAUCUAGCUGAAGAGAGGAACUCAUUGAUCGAGCAGAAGAGACAGCCUCUUUAUAGGAAGGGUUUUGAUGUUAGGCUGGUCGAUGUGAAUAGAACAUGUAAAGUUACAAAGGGUGGACAAGUUAUCAAAUACACUGCAAUGUUAGCUUGUGGGAACUACAAUGGUGUUAUUGGUUUUGCUAAAGCAAAGGCACCUGCAGUUCCGAUUGCACUUCAAAAGGCAUAUGAGAAGUGCUUUCAGAAUCUGCACUAUGUAGAGCGACAUGAAGAUCACACAAUUGCACAUGCAAUUCAGACAUCAUAUAAAAAGACAAAGGUGUAUCUUUGGCCAGCUCCUACACAAGCAGGGAUGAAGGCAGGCAGAACUGUGGAGAUAAUUCUUUGCUUAGCUGGUUUCAAGAAUGUGAAAUCAAAGGUUGUUGGCUCAAGGAAUCCCCAUAACACUGUGAAGGCUGUCUUCAAGGCUUUAAAUGCGAUUGAAACUCCCAAAGAUGUUCAAGAAAAGUUUGGCCGGACUGUGGUUGAAUCAUAUUUACUGUGAUAGGUUUGUCAAAGAAACAAUUUUGUCAUUGAUAGAUCAAUCUCUCGGGCUAUUUGGGACAGCCAAGCUGUAACUUUCUGAAUCGAGCAAAGUGAGCAUCGCUCGAACCACUUGCCUUCGUUUUGAGCAGUCGAUUAAUAAAAUUACUCGAGACCCAUCAUCUAUCUUGAUGCGAAUGACAUGACCCUACAAUUACAAUGUGUAGAGAGAUGUAUGGAAUGAUCUGUAAUUCGCAUUUUAGGUUAUGAAAAUGUUCUUAUUUUGAAUGUUGUGCUCCACACUUCAUAUAAAGUAGUAGAGCUGUGUCACUUGCUUUAAUGGGUUUGUAAUGAAAUAAUUAUACACUAAAUCAACCUUUUUGUUUUUUUCUCGAA